CUUGCAGCCCAGGCUAAGGAAACUGAUUUGAUAAGAAGCAAGUGUCAGCAAUUAGAAAGGGAGAGGGAUGUUAACCUAAGAACUAUUGCUAGGCUUCAAGAGCACCUUGUUUCAGUCACAGUUGAGAGAAUCCAUCUUGGCCAAGAACUGAGUAUUUUGUCUGAAAAUAUGAAAGAACUGGAUCAUAAGCAUCAGAAGCUACAAGAGGAAUUAAAAGAGACAGAGUCAGCUAAGGUAGAUUCUACUGAAUUCAUUAAAAGGUUUGAGGCCGAAAUGAGGACACAAAUAAAUAUGCUCAAGGCUACAAAAUCUGAUGUAAGUCAAUUAUUAAAUGAAAGAAAACAUCUUCUGCAGAAGUUACAAAGUUUGGAAAAGGAUGCUGUGUCUUUUGCCAUGGAAAAAGAAAAACUCGAAAACAAAGCUGCAGAUCUGAACACGGAGAAAGAGCUGCUUUUAAGAGAGUUGGAAAUGAUGCAGAGUAAAUUAAGUUCAUCAGAAAUGAAAAAUGCAAAGCUUUCUAGAUCUUUGGAAGGCUUCUUAAUGGAAAAAGGUGAACUUGCUGCUAGACUCAGCUCAGCACAGAAGGAAGUAGACCGAAUGCUAUACGAAAUUGAGAAGCUGAAAGUAAAAACGGAAUCUGAUGAGAAGAAAAAAGGUCAUGUUGCCGAAAAGCUGAAAGAGAGCGAACGGAAAGCUGACUCUCUGCUGGAGAGGGUUGAAAGAGAAGAGUGUUUGACUAAAGAUUUGAAAGAAAAGCAGGAAAGAAUCCUUGAAGUAGAGUCUUCGAAUUUGACUACAGCAAAACAGUUAGAAGAAAAGGAGGAAGAAAAUAUGCAAAUCCAGUUUGAAAAUACCUUGGUAUUGCUGAAAUCUGAGCUCAAGGAUCUAAGUGAGAAAUUAGAGUUUUCCUGCAAGAAGGAAGCAGAUGAUAGAGCAGAAGAGCAAGUCUUGAUUAAUCAGGUGGGUUGUCUUGAGCAAGAUAAAACAAUACUAUUACAGGAAUGUCAGGCAAUAAGAAAUGAAAAUAUCAAAUUGGAUCAAAUGAGGGAAGCACUUGUUCAAGAACUGAUGGCUUGUAAAGAAAAACUCAGUGAAAAGAUGCAGGAAAAUGGUGCUCUUCAAAAGCAGGCAAAAGAAACGGAGGAGCUGUCUUUACAGCUGACACACAAGCAACAUGAGCAUGAAUGCUGGCACCAGGACAACAAAAAGCUGCACAAUUUGAUUGCUGAGUUGAAGCUGAAG